AAAAAAUGGAACAGUUCAUGGAAGAACAAGAGAAUGAAGUUUUAGCAAAGGUGGGCAGGCUAGAAGAAGUUGAACGCGCGUUCACGAUUUGUAGAAUAGGCACAGAUGUAUUAGAUUUGAAAAAUGGAUUCAACAUCACCGCUUUAUCCAGGAUUAUUUCAUCUUAG